AAUAACAAUAUAAAUUUAACAGCAGUUCACGAGCCUUCUCUGCAGAUUAGAGAAACCUGGUAAUUAAAAAAAAUUAUUAAUACUAAAAAAUUAUUCAUGAUACUACAAGAACUUAUGAAGCAAUGCAAUUAUGUAAAAAAAUUGAGGUCCAUCCAACAUUGAAAAUCAGUGGAGUACAGGCUAGUGGGUGAAAUGUAGAAGCAUUGCUAAAACCAUUUCCUUCUCUACAAAAAUAUCAAUUAAUGAAUUUUUAAGUUUUUAUUAGCUAUUGCGUGCUUCAUCUUUGCUAAACGCUUUAUUGAACUUGUAUCAAUUUGAUGGUAAGAGGAAGAGUAACUCUAUAACCAUGACUGUGAAGUAUAUUGUUGAGUUUAAGAGAGCGUAAAGACAUCAGAGAAACAGUUUCGUCUUAAUUCUGCACAUAUACAACAAAAUAGGAAGUGUCUACAUAAGUAUAUUGGGUUAAAAAACGGGAGUUCCUUGUAUAAAACAUGGCCAAACAUCAUCCAGAUCUAAUAUUUUGUCGUAAACAGCCCGGAGUCGCCAUCGGCAGACUUUGUGAAAAGUGCGACGGGAAAUGCGUUAUUUGUGAUUCCUAUGUGAGGCCAUGCACAUUAGUUCGCAUUUGUGAUGAGUGCAAUUAUGGCUCCUACCAAGGAAGAUGUGUGAUAUGUGGAGGCCCAGGAGUGUCAGAUGCUUACUAUUGCAAAGAAUGCACAAUUCAAGAAAAAGAUAGAGAUGGUUGUCCCAAAAUUGUAAACUUGGGCAGUUCAAAGACAGACUUGUUCUAUGAAAGGAAGAAAUAUGGGUUUAAGAGGCGCUAA